AUGGGUGAAGAUAUCACUUCUGACGAAGAAGAUGAUAGUGAAGUAUCCUCAAAAUCACAGAAAAGGCCUGAGGAGGAAAAGAAGAAAAUCCCAGAAACCUUCUUCUACACAUAUGAGGAUGUGUAUUCAGGACCAUAUGCCACUGAUGACACUGAGAUAUCUACUGACCUUCUUACUUUUAAACAUUCUUUUGGAUAUGACUGUACCAGACCUGUAAACCUGAUGAUAAUGGAUAGACAUACUGUGGGGUAUAUAGCAGGAAACCAGGUGGUGCUCCAGAACCUCAGAACAAAGUAUCAGAAAUACGUCCGGAGCAGCCGUGGCGGUGGAAUUGGGUUUAUCACAGCACAUCCUGAUAAGGAGUACUUUGCAGUAGGAGAAAAAGGAAUAAAGCCAAACAUUGUCAUCUACACAUAUCCUUCGGUGAGGCCCUACAGAAUACUGAGAGGUGGAACAGAAGUAGCCUAUGUUUUUGGUGAUUUCAACCGUACUGGCACUUUGCUGGCCAGUGUUGGGAGCAGCCCUGACUACAUGUUGACUAUCUGGGACUGGAAGCAAGAAGAGACUCUGUUGAGGUCAAAAGCUUUUGCACAGGAUGUUUACAAGGUCAUGUUUUCUGCUGAGAAUGAAGAGCAUCUAACUACAGCUGGAUCAGGACACAUCAGGUUCUGGAAGAUGGCUCUCACACUUACUGGUCUCAAGUUACAAGGAGCUUUGGGCAGGUUUGGAAAAACAGCAGUGUCUGACAUUUUAGGUUUUGUGGAGCUGCCUGAUGGGAAGGUUGUCUCAGGAACUGAGUGGGGCAAUUUGCUGCUUUGGGAAGGUGGUCUCAUUAAAGUAGAGCUCUGUCAAGUUGGACACAAGCCCUGUCACGAGGGCCCUGUCAGCCAGUUAGUUUUUGAUGAAGGAGACCUUUACUCUGUCGGAAAAGAUGGUGUCAUUCGGAUGUGGAACUUUGAGGUAGUAGAUACUGCUGAUCCUGUGGAUGCCACAGGGUUAAUGGAGAUGGAGCCUAUGAAUGAACUUUGGCUUGGCAAGAAUGUUAGCCUGAAUUUCAUAACAAAAAUUCAUGACCGUGAACAUCCCUUUUGGUAUGCUCAGGAUACAAAUGGAGCAAUAUGGAAGUUGGAUUUGACUUUUUCAAAUAUGACCCACGACCCAGAGCGUGUGUGUACCUUCCACUCUGGGAGGAUCGAGGCCAUCGGUGUCUCUCCCUUUACAUGCCUGAUGGCCACCACAGCUCUUGACCGGACAGUGCGCAUCUAUGAUUUUGGCAGCAACAGCCAACUGAGUGUAAUCAAGUUUAAGCAGGGAGGAACGGCACUGACAUGGGCACCGGCUGUUGUAAAUCCUGAAGGAGGUCUGAUUGCUGUGGGGUUUGAAGAUGGUGUUGUCCGCUUAAUUGAGGUUUAUGAUCCCAAAAUGCUGCCUGGUCAUGGAGAACAGGCCAGUGAAAGUGUAGAGAUAAAUCUGAAACAAGUUUUCAAACCUCAUGCUGCUGCAGUGACAGCCCUGGCAUAUGAACAAAAGGGAGAUGUGUUUGCCACAGGGAGUAAAGACAGAACAGUUUUCUUUUUUGUUAUUGAGGACAAAUACAAGCCAAUUGGAUUCAUCUGUGUCCCUGGACCUGUACAGGCAUUACAGUGGUCCCCACCUUCUCAUGACAAGAGCACGCUGCUCAUUCUUUGUGAGAAUGGCUUUGCUGUCCAGGUUUCUGCCCCUCUCCCAGGAAUGCAGGAUGCAAUGACCACCUAUCACAUAACAAACCUGCCAACACAGUACUUCCAUUUUUAUAGUAUUAAAUCCCGAAUCAAGCUGGAAGAGGAGAUUGCACGGAGAGAGAAAGUAAAGCAGGAGAAGGAGAAAGCAAGGCUUGAAUGGAUAAAGCAGCAAAAGGAGAUGGGACUUGAGGUAGAAGAAACUGAAGAGGAAGAACCUGAGGAAGAGCCAUUGCCAGCUAUCUACAUACCAGAGGAGCCCAGUCCCAUCCUCUGUGGCUUUUAUUCAGCACCAGGAAAAUUUUGGCUUUCCUUGGGUGGGUACGACUCAGGGUUUCUCUAUCAUUGCGAAUUCUCAUGUGAUGGUGAAGAAGACCCUGAGAAGAGGAAAGAUGAACCCUUUGAAUUGAUUCCUAUGGAGAACACCAAUGACAAUCCCAUUCACCAAAUCUCCUUCUGUACCAGCAACCCCCUGAUGUUCUGUGGGAUGCAGGAUGGCUCGCUGCGUGCUUAUCCUCUCAGUGAUAAAGACCUUUCAGUGGAUUCCCUGAAGGACUACUGGUACCUGAAUGUACAUGACAAUGAUAAUGGGCAGAUCCGAGGGAUCUGUUGUAGUCAUGAUGAUGGGUAUCUGAUUACCUGUGGUGGAGAUGGAAACAUUUUUACAUUUGAGCUCUGGUCAGAGGAAGAGCUUCCCAAAGAGCUAAAGGUCAUAAUACCCCCUCCUAGGUCAGCAAAAGCCAACCAGAUUAAUUACAGAUGUAGCUUGGAAUUAGCCCAUGACACACUGAUUCUUGUCAAUGUGCCAGUGAGGGGAGACAAGAGUAUUGGGCUGGCGGACAAGACAAUGUUUUUACUCCAGAGUGGUCUUGAGAAGGAGAAGGCUACUGAAGACAUCAAGGAUCCUGAUGCCUACACUAUUGAGGAAUACAAGCAGAAAAAGGAGUAUGAACGGAAAAUGAACGAAGCUGAAGAUAAGAAAAAUAAGAAAAGACAGGAGUUAAGUGCCCUGAGACAAGACUUUGUUUUUCUCCUUCAAAAGAAUCAGGAGUUGCCUAAGCACAUGCAGUUGCAUGGAGAGGAGUUUGAGAUGGACCGUAGGAUCUUUGAAGAGCUGGAUAGGCAGACACUACAGAGAAUCCAGUUGGUGCAAAAGGAGUUGGCUUGGGAGCACGAGAAACAAUUGAUUGGACUGCAGAAACUACAAGCACAGUUUCAGGACCCUCUGGAAUUUACUUACACUGUUCAUGCUAUGCAAAGCAAUCAUCAGAUUUCCACCUACAGCCUUCUAACAGUGUCUGAGAAAUACGCCCAAGAUAAGAAACACGGGGGCAGCAAGUGGGCAGUACUUAAAAAGAAGUGGACAGCAUUUAAAGAGACAGAACAAGCAAAAGAAAAGAUCCCCAAAAAGAAAAGACAUCUGCAUAGAGAAAGUGUAGUUUUUGAAAGUGAGACUGAAAUGCUGGAGACACCAGAGGUCCGAAAGCAAACCACGCGUUAUAUAGAAAGCAGACGUGAGAAAAUCAGAAGACUUGUUGAGAAAUAUGAUGCACUGAAAGCCAAGAUCAUGAAGAGGAGGGCAGAAUGGAAUGAAUUAUACAAAAGCAAACCUAGAGUUAACUUUGAGAAUCCCAGAGAUACUGAGGAGAUCAAAGAAGCACAGAAGAAUAUAGGAUGUUACAGGCUGAAGACUGCCACUAACUACACACUCACUGAAGAUGAUCGUAUAAGCACUAAAAAGAAGAUGAUUCAGCUUGCAACCCUGGAAAACUUGAUCCAUAGGAUGAAAGUGAACAUGAACAAAGAGAUUGUGUCUUUGCGGGAUCUCAAGGUUUCCAUUAUUGAUGAAAUCAAGAAUUUAGUGAAGGAAGUGAAAUCCAUACAGGCACGCUUAGAUGUAUCAGAACAUCUCCCUAUUCCCCUGAUCCCUCAGUUACAUCCAGAUGAGGUUCCUGAAAAAAUAGUUGAAUACAACAGUGAUGUCCUCCUAAAGUUCAAAGAGGAGCAGGAGGCCAAGGCAAAGCUCAAGGAGCCAUUGGAAGGGUGUCCCUCAUUUCGUGCAUUUAGGCACGUGCUUCUUCAAACUCCUCCAGUGGAAGAGGGUGACCCCAUGGCACAGGCUGGAGAUGCAUCAGCUGUGGUCACAGAGGAGCAGCAGGCUUUUGUGAUGGAGAAGGCAGAGCCAACAGAAAUGGAACUGGAAAUUUUAAAGAGGGAGAAGAUAAAAAAUCUAUACUUGCAGGAGACCUUGAUUAAAAAGAUCAACACACUGGUGAUCAACUUUGAUGCUGAACUUCGCCUUUUGCGGCACCAGAAGCUGAAAAUGGAUAUGCAGCUGAAAAGUGCUGAUCUGCGCUGCAUCACAUGCUGUGAAGAGCUGCUUAUCCUGAAGAAACUUGAGAUACAUGAGGACCUUCUUGAGGAGCAAAUUGGUGCCCUCAUUAAUGAACAGGAGGACAUGCAAUCAAAAUUGAAGAGCUACCUUGCACAAAUAGAAGAUAGAAAAUUUGAGAUUGUAAUGCUUCAGGAACGUGAGAAAGCUCUUUAUGCCAGCUUUGAAGCAUCCCUUGGAGAAGACAAUGAAUUUGCUGAUUUUCUGACCAAUCUUUUGAAGCAGGAAGUUGAGUAUGUGGAAAAAGAAGAAGUAGGAAGAGAAGCAGAUAAAGAAAAUGAGAAUGAAGAGAAGGAUGAUGAAAAACCUGACCUAAAGACUGAUGAAGAAAAUUGUAGAUCUGAAGAUGUAGCCUUUGGUGACUCCAUUUGCCCAGAAGGCUGCAGUGAGGAUCUCUUCUUGAACACCAUCCAGCUCCGGCAGCAGCGGAUAGGCAUUGAGAAAGCUUUAGAAGAGGAGAAGAAAGUUGCUGCUGACCUCAAAAAGGAAUAUAAUGCCUUGGCCUUAAAGGUAUUGUACUGUUUUCUCAGAAAGCAUCAUCAUGUUAAAUCAUAUUUUUAUAUACUUCUUUCUCUUUGGAUCAGGAACUCUAACAGAACCUUGUUGCCUUAUGUAUUCUCAGUAUCACAGGAUUUUGUUUGUCCACAAUUUGUCUUUCUGCAGGCAAAAGAAGUAGAUACCAGUCUGGACACAGCAAACAGGGAACUGGAGGGCUUUCAGUGGGAAAAGCUGCACAGGCUGAAUGAGCUGUAUGUAGUUGUACCUUUGAGACUCCAUCAGGUGCUGUGCUUGGUUGAUGGGGAGAUGCCCCGUGACUUCUCCCAUACUUUAGUAUUUACCAACGAGUCCUUGCAGUACCUGAAGAAGAGAAUUGUGGACCUACGUAAUGAAAAGAUAAUGCAAAGAGAGACCCAUAAGAAGGCCAAGGAGCAACAUAAGCAGCUUCUCCAGGACAAAAAGGAGAUGGAGAUGGAGAUUCAACAAUUGGAGGAGAGGUGCAAUCUUCUGCUGAUGGAGAAGUUUGGUCGGCUGGUUGAUUUUGAAGCAGUUCAAGCCCACUCUGUUAAUAUACCCAUGGAGCAGAUGAAAGUGAGAAUAAUGGAGAAGGAGUAUGAGCAUUUCAUGGAGCUCAAAGAAUGGGAGGAAAGAAUUGUAGUCCUGCAGCAUCAGCUAACGAAGCUGACAAGGGAAAACACCAGCAAGCUGCACCAGAUGAACAGGUUUUGCCAUGAAAAGCAUCAGCUCGAAACUGAGCUGGAAUCACUGACAACUGGUCAGGUGAGCCUUUUAGCCUCUUAGGUUUGGGACUGUUCAGAAAUGGGUAAGGGAUCAUCUGGCCUUCACCAGUUCCUUGGUCUCACAUCCUGCUCUGCAGUCAGCAGUUUAGGCUAGGAGUGGGACAGGAUGGAUUGCUUCAUACCUUAGCACCUCUGUUAUUUCUUACUUAGCUGCUUUCUAGGACUGAAACAAACUCAAUUCUAAUUAAAAUAUGCCUUGAAGGAAUGAAAAGAAUAUUCCUUUGUUACAUGUAAACAGUCAUAUUACUGUCAUGUAACAGCAUUACAACGAGAAGUGGAUUUACUGCUCUGUACCAUGAAGUAAGUCUAAGUUAGUGAACCUUCAGUCUUCCACAUACUUCUGACUAAGGUGUGGAGAAGUCAUGGAUAUGUCCUGGCUCUUAGAAAGCUUCACUUUACCUACUUGAAAUAAAUUUCCACUGUUCAUUCUCCAUGUUUUAUAGGAGCCAUUUUUUUCCUCCACAGGGUGGAGAAUUUGAGAGCACCCAAAAUGCUGACAUCAAAGAGACAGCCAGGCUGGAAUCACAGCUCACACAGAUAACUUGUGAGGUGGCCUUUCUGAGACAGGCAAUCAGCCAGAAUAGACUGGAUGUAAAAGAACUCACUUCCCUUAGGAGAAAAGGUGGGCGCCUCUUACCACAGGACUCUGACACUCCAACUUCCUCUUCAGAAAUAGUCACUAACAAUCCAAGUCACCCUUAAAAUUAACUGUGGCAGCAGUCAUGCUUGGAGGUGCAAAAUUAAUUGGUUUUGGCUAUCCAGGGGUUUAGUUGUAAGGGGUUACAUUUGUUUUUUCUAUCAAAACAUGACUGUAACAUAUAUGGAAUAAAAAAUAGCAAAUGAAACUACUAAAUACUGUUAUCAGUCCAUUGCAGAGGGUUGUACUGGACAAGGUGCCCUUUGUGCGUCCACGUGUGUGCAUUAUGUCUGUCUACUCUUCAAACAAGUGGCUGUUGAAAGCGGGUUUGAAGUUUCACAGCAGCAAAUAGUUUGGUACCUUGUUCUCAAAAAUGGUGAAAUUAGUCUGCCUCAAGCAAGCAUUGGCAGUGGCCCUGCUGGCCAGGAGAAAGCACAGGGGCCUUUCUCCUCAGGGCAGGAUGUAGCAUUUACCUAGCCAGGAGGAGGAUGUAACAAUGCAAAGUCAGCCUGUAAUUCCACUGGCCUGAUCAGUGAGAGGGCCAAGCUCUGUGUGUUUUCAGGUGUUGCACUUUUUUGCCUCUCAUUUGGUGUGGUGGCAGCAUGUGAUCAUUUACAGCACUUACCCUGUCUUGACUUUAAAAUCUUCCUUCAGCCUCAGGGUGGAGUGGGUUGUGUU